AUCAACACGCAGACUCACACAUACAGAGUUGAGCUCUCUGUCACUCACUAUCCGUCCGAGCCUCAGUCCCCUUCUCUCUUUGACGGCAACAGACACUCGCGCAGAGACACUGAACAAACACUCCACCAAUUCAUCAGCCAGCCAGCCAGACUUGGCAGAGGUGCCUGGGAUUGUUCUAAGGAUGGAAAAUAAGGCUGAUAUUAAAUCCAUCAUGGCUCGCUUCCAGUCAGUUGGGGCAAGCGUUGACGAAGCAUCAUCUGCACCAGCUGGACGUCCCAAACAGCCCCUGCACCCUACCCUCUCUGGCCCAACCAUGCAGAAAAAACCUGUCUUGGAGAGCCUUUCAGGCAGUGCGAUAAAUGGUCCCAUGAAACCAAAUUUCCUGAAAAACUCACCAUCCACCAAAAGUGACACAGAGGCACAUGAACCAAACAAAGCUAAAGCCCUGGCUAGCAGGUUUGGGAAUGCCCAGGAUGACGCCAACACCACCAAACCUUUCACUGCUAAUAAGCACCAGGUACCUUUGAAGUCUCCCUUUGCACUCACUACCGAAGCUAAGGGUCCAAUUCAGAAGCCUCCUUUCAACAAACCCCCUCUCAGCUCCUCUCUGUCUGAAUCCAAACCUGCCUUUCCCAAACCCUCUGCAGUUGCUGCCUCCAAGCCCAGCUGGGUGAAAGAAGACAGCGGUGGGGGCCCAGGAAUAAACAGCAGCCCCAUACCUCCCAAAGUGCCUAGUUUGCAACAGAAGCCCAGCAGCAGCCUUCUGAAAUUACGGCAGCAUAAUGAAGACCCAGCACCACCAAAUACAGACACAGAGAGCAAACCAUCUCCUCCAGUAAACGCUGCUUUUAAGCCUGUCUCUAACUUCAAGAGUGCUCAGAACAUGUUCAGCAAGAACAAGGAUGCAUCUGAGCAAACAGACAGUGGUGCAGCCAACAAAGCGCCCCUUGCUGCUAAUAACUCCCUCCCACCUCCCAAACCUCCUACCAGUAAAAAGCCCAGCGUGAAGAAGCCAUCACAUACCUCUGCCAUGGCGAGCAGUAUUAAUGGCGACGCUACAUCAACCCCAAAACGUAACCCCCUCCCCAACAGUUUAGCUCUGGGUGCUGCCCCUGCUAAACCUAACCGACCCCCCGUCGUCAACCUGGAGAACUUUAAGAGAACUAGGGGCACCUCUGAAGAUGGUCCUAGUUCCAAGAAAUCUAACAAUCCACCUCCUCUGACCUCUCACCCUCCUAACCAAAGCAGUCCUCAACCCCCUCAGACUGUGUUGCCCAGCCUACCCCCACGACACCCAGGAACUAUGAACCAGCAAGAGGAUUUUUAUGAUGAUGUUGAUGAAUUCAGUUCUCCUCCACCUCCGCCAGGACACCCGAGUCAAAGGGCAAAGGAUGAGAAUGACGACGAUGAUGAUGGAGAUAUGUACGAGCCUCUGGAUGAUCGAUGGGAAGCCAGUGAAAAAACCCAAGAUAAGAAGAAAGAUGAAAAGGAGGAAAAGAAGCGAUUGGAUGCUGAGAAGAAGGAGCAGAAGGAACGUGAGAAGAAGGAAAACGAUGCCAGAAAGAAGUUCAAAUUGGUCGGAGCCCUAGAGGUUUUACAGCGAGGAAAGGCGCUCACAGAUUGCAAAAGCAGCAAGUCAGAUCUGGCUCUGAAGCAGGGAGAAAGCCUAGACAUCAUCCGUAUCCAAGGCAACCCAGAGGGAAAAUGGUUGGGAAGAACACAGGAUGGAUCAAUUGGCUAUGUGAAGACCACCUUAGUGGAAAUUGACUUUAACUCCCUGAAGAAUCGUCAGUCUCAGACCACAUAUGAGCCAGAGGUCUACGACGAUAUUGAUGUGCUCUUGUCUGAAAACAGCAGUAGCAAAGGACCAGGAGUUGUCCUGCCACCACUACCAGGAGAAGGAGGAGAAAUAUAUGACGAUGUGGUUGAUCCAAACCUGGAAGUCAGUCCCCUUCCACACAGAUCUUCUUCUGUGAAGCCCCUUGGCUUCCUGCGGAUGUUCGACCGAAACAGACGUUCUGCCAGCUCAAAAGUAGUGCCUCCCCCCAGCCAGUUUACUGCAGAUGGGAAUUCAGAUCAGCCUGGUGUGCAAGCUGAUGAUGAGAUAUAUGAUGAUGUUGACUCUCAAACUGCACCUCCCCUUCCUCCCAUUAGCAGCCUUCCCGGUAUGAAAGCCAAAAACAAAACUGAAGACAUGGACCCAAAGAAGCAGAAAAAGUUUGAGAAAGAGGAGAAAGAAUUCAGGAAAAAGUUUAAAUAUGAAGGGGAGAUACAAGUCCUCUACCAGGUGAGCAUUGUGCCCAUGCUCAAUAAUAAGAAGUGGACCUGGAAAGACCUGCCACUAAAAGGCGGGGAGCAACUUGACGUCAUUGUUAAACCUGAGGAUGACAAGCUUAUCUGUCGCAACGAGGACGGCAAAUUUGGUUGUGUUUCAACGAGCCACAUCGUUAACGACGAUGGAGAAAUCUAUGAUGAUAUCGGAGGAGAUGAGUGCAUUUAUGACAACGACUGAGGAGCAUGCGUCGCUUGACCGUUUGUUUUAACAAUGAUACAGUUGGGUGAUGUGUUAUUUAUUAAGGUAUUGAUUAUAUACACUGAGUUAUUCUAAGUAAACCUGACCAUCAGACUCAAUUUUCCCCUUACAUACUAUUCAUAAAUUGAUAACUGAAUCAUUUAAAAAAUUGGACACAUUUGAUUUAGAGAUCUGGAGACAGGGUAGCUCAUUGGAACAAUGCAUUUUAAACUGGUUUCUACAAACUAAACAAAAAAUCAACAAAACCUUUUUUAAAUGGUAAAACUACUUGUGAGGCAUCAACAAAGUGGUAGAUAUUUGUUGCAACAACAGUAUUUGGUUAUUUCUUGCCCCCCCCCAUUAGAAUGCCAACAGCACAUAUGUUUUUAAUGAUCGUCUACGGCUUUGCAACAUUUUUAAAAUAGCUUCAACAUAUGCUUAAUAACUAGUAUCUACUAUUUUCUUUUCAAUCAGUGCCAAGAAUGUGACAUUCCAUAUUUUAUCACAUUGUUAUCUUUAAUGCCAGUUGAAACUGUAAUUACAUCUAGACAAAGUUUCGACAUGUUUUAAUGCCAAACUGCUUGUGAUGUACUGUAAUUAGGAAAUAUUCUUUUAAGCAUUUUUUUUCCACACAUUCAAUUUUUCUUAUUGUGAAUACAAUGGAUUACCUGCUUAAAUAAAUAAAUAAGCACAGGAGAGACCUGUGGUGUUUUGUCGUAAAUCUUCAUGUAGAGCAGUGGAAACUAAAAGCAAAGAAAGAAAGAGACAAUGUUUUAGGGGAGGUUUCGUGUGCUAAUCAAAACAAAUUGAAUUCAUGGAAAUUAACCUAGGCUGCAGUCUUUCCCCUUUUUUACAUCCUUUUUUGCUGUGUCUCUCAUGAGACGAAGACUUAUAUAAUAAUUUGUUGUUUUUUUUUGUUUUUUUCUUGUUUAUACUUGCAUUUUUCCCUGAAACGUGUUUUUCAAACAUGUAUUUUCUUUAAAUGUUGAUGUUCAAAGUUAAAUGAAUGAGUGAAGGAAACUAAUAAACUUCUAGAAACAAAUGCAACAUGUUUUUAAAUGUGAAGAAGUGGUGACAAAACAUUUAUAGGAACUUGAAAACUCAUAGAAUGUUAUGGAAAUUUAAAA